CCAAUAUCUUUACCAAAUAAUUGGUCAAAUAAUGUCAAAUAGAUCUCCUGUCCAAUUCUGGAAUUCUUUCAUUUAAUCAUUCAGUAGCUCAUAUGUCGGCAUUUUUAUCAAAAUCUUCUCUAAAUUGCAGACGCAAAAUGGCAGAUUUCCAGCCGUUACUGAACGAUGAUGAAGAAUUACAGCACCAGCAACACCUGAUCGCUGCAGAGAAGAAAAGUAGUUGUAGAAUCGCUUCACUUGAUGUUUUUCGCGGACUCUCGAUCUUCCUUAUGGUGCUUGUGGAUUAUGCUGGCUCUAGUUUACCAGUUAUUGCUCAUGCCCCAUGGAAUGGCUUACACUUAGCAGAUUUUGUCAUGCCUAUGUUCCUUUUCACUGCUGGAGUAUCUCUUGCGAUUGUAUACAAGAAAAUUCCAAACAGAUAUGAAGCCACGUGGAAAGCAAUAGUAAGAGCAAUGAAACUUUUUCUUCUUGGUGUUUUUCUUCAAGGUGGUUACCUACAUGGGAUUACUUCAUUAACAUAUGGAGUUGAUGUUGAGAAAAUACGGCUGCUUGGCAUCCUACAGAGGAUAGCAAUUGGAUACAUUGUUGCAGCACUGUUUGAAAUUUGGAUUCCCCGUCAAACCUACAAGAAAGAGCCAUUCUUCAGGGUUUAUAUUUGGCACUGGUGUGGUGUAAUUUUGUUGUUGGCCAUCUACAUGGGAUUGACAUAUGGGUUGUACGUUGCAGAUUGGCAAUUCAAGGACUUGCAUUCAUUAUCUUCUUUAAUUUCUGAAAAUGGAAGUACAAUCCGUACUGUGACAUGUUCUGUUAGAGGUGAUCUUGGGCCUGCUUGCAAUGCUGCUGGAAUGAUAGACAGAUAUAUUCUUGGCAUUGAUCAUUUAUAUCAAAAGCCUGCUUACAGAAACCUCAAGGUAUGUAAUAUAUCUAAGAGUGGUCAAGUUUCAGAAUCUUCACCUUCAUGGUGCUAUGCCCCUUUUGAACCCGAAGGCAUCUUAAGUUCCUUAACAGCUUCUUUGGCCUGCAUAAUUGGUCUUCAAUAUGGUCAUAUUUUGAUUGAAUUUCAGGGGCAUAAAGAUCGACUUUGCAACUGGUCCCUCCUCUCAGUUUCAUUUCUAAUUCUCGGAUCCAUACUUGCUCUCAUAGGUAUUCCUUUGAACAAGGGCUUGUACACAUUGAGUUACCUUCUGGUAACUUCAGCAGCAUCAGGACUCACAUUUUGUGCAUUAUAUUUACUGGUGGAUGUAUACAGAUGGACACGUACAGCGUUUGUGUUUGAAUGGAUGGGAAAACAUUCUUUAAGCAUUUUUAUUCUUGUCACAUCAAACUUGGUUGUCAUUAUGAUCCAAGGUUUCUACUGGAAAUCUCCUCACAAUAACAUUAUCUACUGGAUUGUGUCGCACAUUGUGCAAAAGUAGCGUCUGCACAUUGGUAACCGGUAACUCUGAUCUAUACACCAUGUUAAAUGUCAUAUCAAUAUCUCGGUAUUCAUGUUUCAUUUGGAUGUAGUUUUCUUAAGAUUUAAUGGAGUCUCCAUUUUUUCAAUUUAUUGGAAUGGUUCGAGCCUUGGAGGGGUGUAAACACUUGAAAGAUGAUUUGAUUGAAGAUUAAAAACAAUGACGAUAUCAUUUAGCAUGUCCAGUGUACUUUAGAUUAAACUCCAUUAGCCAAUUUGACGACAGACUAACAAUAAACAUGUCUACGAUGACGCAUAAUUCCUAGUUUACAGAAGUUAUGAAAUGGUUACUCUUAUCAUUCCUAGAGGUCCACAUGACUACAUGAGUCAUAUAGGAUUCGGUGUAACCCGAUUACGAUCGGAUAUAAACCAGUGUUUCCAAACCAGAUUGUCCGGUUUUUGUAUUUUUGUAUUUUUGUAUUUUUUUUUGCAAUUUAAAUUUAACUCCAGCCC